CAACAAGCUUCAGCUCCAGUGCCGACACCUUUGCGAUCGCUCACCAUGUCGUCGCGAACGUUGGCAUCGCUAUGCCCCAAGUGUCAUUUGACAUUGCGACCGCAGCCCUUCCCUCGCUUGACGACUUCGCCAUGGUUUACACAAAGCGCCGGCUUCCGCUCAGCAACUAAGGGAAAGCCAUCACGGAUGGUACUUUCAGACGAUGUUGCACGACCCCGAGACCGAGAGGCUAGACCGCCGAGAAGACAAGUUGAAGGGCCCUUUGGUGGCAUGAACCAAACGUUUGCGAGAGUCCCCGAAAGGCGCACGGCGCGUCCUCCCAAUGCUAGGGAUUCGAGAGACUCGAGAGACUCGAGGGGAGGCUCUUCAAGCAGGUACAGCAGAGGCGAUUCCCAGACCUCUUCCGAUCCGAGAAAGGCUUUGAAAAUGCAACGGUCUCUGGCGGGUGUGUCAUACGGAAAGAGAAACGUUUUGAAGGAUAAGAUGCAAGAAUACGAGUCUUUCGACCAGUUCAACCUCUUGCCCGUUAUGAAGGACGGCAUCAAGGAUGACCUGCUGCGAGGAAUGGUGGACCUCAAGCCUACGCCCAUCCAGAGACUUGCUAUUCCGGCCAUGCUGGGCCAGUCUAGCGCAUUCAAAGUCCGGGGCGUGAAGAGGCAAGACUUCCUCCUUGCAGCCGAGACGGGUUCUGGCAAGACGCUGGCUUACAUGCUACCGGUCGUCAACGCCAUGAAGAUCGCCGAGGAGGCCAACCCCGAGAUCCAGUCCUUCAUGAAGCGCUUCCAGGAGGAGAAGGAAAGAGAGCAGAAGGCCAACAAGGGGCCAAAGUCAAAGAAGAUGUCUGCAUUCGACGAGCCUCACCCGACCAUGGCUAGACCUCGCAUAAUCGUCCUGGUCCCUUCAGCAGAGCUCGUCGAACAGGUUGGAAAGGUGGCAAAGACUCUGUCGCACGCUGUCAAGUUCAAGGCGGAGGUUCUUUCUGCUAACCUCAAGGCGCUGACGAUCCAGCGCAACCUGUACUCGCCUCGUGGUGUCGACAUGGUCGUGACGACGCCUCACCUGCUAGCCUCGAUUGCCGAAUCUGAUCCCAACGUUCUUUCUCAAGUCACCCAUCUGAUUGUCGACGAGGCGGACUCGCUCUUUGACCGAAGCUUUGCCCCUGUUACCACGACCAUCGUCGACAGGGCGAUGCCGUCUUUGAAGCAGUUCAUCCUCUGCUCAGCAACAAUCCCCAAGAGACUGGACAAUUACCUCGCAAACAACUUCCCCGACAUGACGAGAAUCACGACGCCGAAUCUUCAUGCUAUCCCCAGAAGGGUUCAGCUCGGUGUCAUCGAUGUUGUCAAGGACCCCUAUCGCAACAACAAAAAUCUGGCCUGCGCCGAUGCCAUCUACACCAUUGGCCGAGAAGCUUCCAAGCACGAAGGUCCGAUUCAAGGUGAAAUCGACGUCCGCCGAAUCAUGGUGUUUGUCAACGAGCGCGAAAAGACAACAGAGGUUGCCGAGUAUCUUCAAUCCAAGGGCAUCGAUGCUGUUGCGUUGAACCGAGACUCGGCUGAAAGUCGCCAGUCCGAGAUGCUGCAAGCAUUCACUUCAUCAGAACCUCUGCGCGCCGUGACAUCGCCAGAGUCCGCCGUGCCAGGCAAACGAUCGCUGCCCAAUACCAAGGUUAUUGUUGCCACCGACUUGGCUUCCAGAGGUAUUGACACGUUGGCUGUCCGUCACGUCAUUCUUUACGAUGUCCCGCACACCACCAUUGACUUCAUCCAUCGCCUGGGAAGAGCUGGUCGCAUGGGACGACGUGGAAGAGGCAUUGUGCUUGUUGGCAAGGAUGACAAGAAGGACGUCGUUGCCGAGGUUAAGGAGAGCAUGUUCAUGGGUCAGGCACUCAUUUAGUGGCCACUCAGGACACAGACAAACAAAAACAUUGUACAACAAUCAUGUAAAACACCUUGUAUACCACUGAAAAAAGAUAGCGUCGAGGUAGGUAAAGGGAUGGGAUGAUGCACAGAUACCUGAUAUACAUUCGGCUCAGGAGACACAAUGGCUAAGAGCGAGGUCUCAGCUCCCUAAUGAACCAUUUUCUACCAACCAAUAGACCAAGCCAUUGCUAG